CCUUCUGGUUCAUCAGCUACUAAACAUUUUUAUAGACACAAAUGAUGGCCAGGUUCAUGUGCAUGGUGGGUGUUAUGAUUGUUGUUGCUGCGACAUUAACGGUGAAUUUCGCAGCUGCCCAGACUGUGCAUGUGGUGGGAGACAGCUUGGGUUGGACGGUGCCUCCAAAUGGGGCUGCUGCAUACACUAGCUGGGCUUCUAAUAAGCAAUUCAUGGUUGGUGAUAUUCUAGUGUUCAAUUUCGCCACGAAUGAGCAUGAUGUGGUAGAACUAUCAAAAGAAUCGUUUGAUGCGUGCAAUUAUUCGAAUCCAAUUGGAAGCAUCAUCACAACCGGUCCUGCAAACAUCACUCUCAACGCCACCGGCAACCACUACUACAUCUGCACUAUUGGCCGGCACUGCACCGCUGGUCAGAAGCUAGCCAUUACUGUCUCAGCCACUUCCAGCUCGAAUCCCCCUUCUGCAUCUCCAGCAUCCCCACCGCCAACCACCAUUGCCACACCUUCUCCGACUGCUACUCCUGAUGAUCGCACUCCCACUCCAUCACCAAGUCUCAUGACCGACGCCCCUCGUGCUGCAACUCCAACUCAAACUCCGGCAGCCCCACCACCAACAGCCACUAAACCACCUUCAGGGGCACCUUCUCCGACUGCCACUCCUGAUGAUUGCGCUCCCACUCCAUCACCGAGUCUCAUGACCGACGCACCUCCUGCUGCAACUCCAACUCAAACUCCGGCAGCCCCACCACCAACAGCCACUAAACCACCUCCAGGGGCACCUUCUCCGACUGCCACUCCUGAUGAUUGCGCUCCCACUCCAUCACCGAGUCUCAUGACCGGCUCACCUCCUGCUGCAACUCCAACUCCAACUCAAACUCCGGCAGCCCCAUCUCCAACAGCCACUAAACCACCCCCAAGGACACCUUCUCCGACUGCUACUCCUGAUGAUUACGCUCCCACUCCGUCACCGAGUCUCAUGACCGACGCACCUCCUGCUGCAACCCCAACUCAAACUCCGGCAGCCCCACCACCAACAGCCACUAAACCACCUCCAGGGACACCUUCUCCCACUGGUAAUCCUGAUGAUUGUGCUCCGACACCAUCACCCAACCCCAUGACUGGUUCACCAGCUCCUGCAACCCAUCUCUAGACGCUUCUCCAUCAUCUGCCGUCUUUGCAAGUGCCCUUGCCUCCUUGGUGUCCGUGGCCAUGGGUUUCUUUCUCUAGAUAGAAGAGUAGACUCAUAUUUGACACUGUUUGAGGUCUGUGGUACAAUAUUACAUUUGAGGUUGGAGUCUUGAACUAGACUACUACGUGUUGUUUAAGCAUAUUACAUUCAAUAAAA